ACGACUGAUGAGGCGGAAGCGGCAAGGGAAGGUAUUAAUGCUAAAGAAAUCAAUGGUCGUGUUGUGACUGUAGAGAAGGCUCGCCGUUCUCGAGCAAGAACUCCGACUCCUGGUCGAUAUUAUGGGCCACCUAAACGUAGAGUCGACAGAUUUGACCCUAGAUAUGAUUAUAGCAGACAUUAUGAUCGUUAUGAUAGGCCGCCAAGAGGUUACGGACGGGAUCCUUACUAUGAUCGUGCCUAUGAUCGAUCUUAUUAUGACAGGGGGUAUGAGAGAAGUUACGACCGUGCUUAUGAUAGAACUUAUGAUAGAGCUUAUGAUCGAGAUCGUCGGCCUCCACCGCCAGCCCGCUAUGAACCUUAUCCCCGACCUCGCUCACCUUAUUAA